GGAGCGGGGUGGGCGGCCUCCCGGCAUCGUCGCGGCGACCAAGGACGACCGGGAUGGCGCGUCCGCGGCCCCGCGAGUACAAAGCGGGCGACCUGGUGUUCGCCAAGAUGAAGGGCUACCCGCACUGGCCGGCCCGGAUUGAUGAACUCCCAGAGGGAGCUGUGAAGCCUCCAGCAAACAAAUACCCUAUCUUCUUUUUUGGCACCCACGAAACUGCAUUUCUAGGUCCCAAAGACCUUUUUCCAUAUAAGGAAUACAAAGACAAGUUUGGAAAGUCCAACAAACGGAAAGGAUUUAAUGAAGGAUUAUGGGAAAUAGAAAAUAACCCAGGAGUAAAGUUUACAGGUUACCAGGCAAUUCAGCAACAGAGCUCUUCGGAAAGAGGAGAAGGUGGAAAUACUGCUGAUGCCAGCAGUGAGGAAGAAGGUGAUAGAGUAGAAGAAGAUGGAAAAGGCAAAAGAAAGAAUGAAAAAGCAGGCUCAAAACGGAAAAAGUCAUACACUUCAAAGAAAUCCUCUAAACAGUCAAGGAAAUCUCCAGGAGAUGAAGAUGACAAAGACUGCAAAGAAGAGGAAAACAAAAGCAGCUCUGAGGGUGGAGAUGCUGGCAAUGACACAAGAAAUACAACUUCAGACUUGCAGAAAACCAGUGAGGGGACCUAACUACUAGAAUGAAUGCUGCAUAUUAAGAGAAACCACAAGAAGGUUGUAUGUUUGGUUGUCUGAUAUUCUUGGAUUUACUAUGAACCAAUACAUAGUCGUUGUUGUUGUUGACAGAACCCCAGUUUGUAUGUUCGUUAUUCACAUUCCUGUUUGUGUUUGGGAAACAAAAGACAUUUUAGCCUUUUUUAAGGUUAUUGACUUCAUUUCAUGUUAUUUGGCUGCAUGAGGUUGCCCUUAACCACUAAGGAUUAUCAGGAUUUUUUGCACAGACUCAUACAUGUCCAGGAUCCUUUGGCCAAGGCAGUUAUGUCCUCCGUUUUCCUGCCUUCGCCCGCCAUCACCAAACACUUUAUUAAAUAUUAAUUUGCAUUUUUUAGAUUACCACUCAACAUAAUGCAUAAGGGUGGGAUUUCCUCUCUUUAAUGAACCCAGGAACUAAUUCCUAGAUACAUAACAUUGGUAUAUUGAAGAAGAAUUAAAAUUGUCCUUCAGUUUUGAGGCCAUGUGUAAAGUUUAACCACAUUGUAAAAUACCUAUUCUGUAUUAGAAAUAGCUAGUUGCCAGCUUAUACUUCUCAAGACUCAUGUUGUUAUGUACACACACCGAGUUUCUGAAUGUGAAGUUAGUGAGUCUCUUUGUGUUACUCCAAAACAAAGGCAAUGAUCUCUUUUUUCCCAGUGCCAACACAAUCUGAGCUAAUCCCUCAAGGUGGAUACUUUCCAUUAUACAGUUGUACUGAGCAGCAGCCCUGUGGGAAACCAGACAAAACACUGACUUUUAAAUAUAGACUUUUAAAAUGAACUGUUUUCUUUUGGAACUAGAAGUAGAAUAGUUAAUAUUCAUCGACAAACCAUUAUUAUGUGUACAUUAUUGUUGCUAUUGUGAUAAUAGAGAAUUUUAUUUAUUUUUAUGCCAGCUUAUAUUGUGAGAACACAUUUAGUCAGUUUGGUUUUAUCAAUCCUACUAUGCUUGUCCUUGGAACAUCUUUCUCGUAUUCCAGGUUUGUAGUUGAAAAGUUUACUGUAAAAAAAAAUCAAAAACAAAAAAAUGUAUUGUUUUUACAGAAUAAAUUUAUUGGAAUGUGUACUGGGAGUAAGAUUUGAGGUUGUAAACAACUAAGUUAGUGUAAUUUGGCUUCAUAUAUGUAAUGUGAGGUAUUAAUGUAAUUCAUAUAUUAAAGCAAAAAUUGUUAACAGCAAGUUGACGGUAGAAUCAAGUGCAGGUGAGGCUUUUCUUUUUUUUAAACACUCUGGAUUCUUGCCUAUUUGGAAACACUUGGGGGGCUUACGGGAGAUUAUUACAUGAUUUGCCCGCACAUGUAAGAAAAUCUGUACUGCUCAGUGGACCUGCAUUCACACAUUGGCCACCGUCCGUGCAGUCGUUCACAUCCCAUUUGGUUUUGGUCUGCGUAUCUUGGUGAAGAGCUAGUAAAUAACAUGAAGGUACAGUGGGAGAAGAUGUUGAAGCUCAGGGCCACGAUGAGGAUGGUGACAGCCAAGGGUGUGAAUGCGCCAAUGCGCUGAACCACGCCAGCGACACUGAGGAGGCAGCUGUCCGUGUGGUUUGUUUCUCUCAUUUAGCAGGUAUUUUCUCUAUUAUACACAAUUCCAGUUGUGGGAAGUUCGCUACCAGAUAAGAGGGAUGCCAGUCCAGCUCUUUUUCUUGAAAAUGUGCUUUUUAAUUUUGAACGGCUUCAACUUAUUUUGAGACUAAUGAACAUCAGUUCACCAAGGGAUUCUUCAUCGCUCACACUGAAACACAGGAGAAUGUAGAAGACACCUGAGAGAAAGACAGACAGGGCUGCAUUCGCUGGUCACUCCGCAGACGCCCACAGCUGGCAGGGCUGGCGCCGGGAGCUGGGAACUCUCCAGGUCUCCACGUGAGUGGCAGGGACCUAAAUACCUGAGCCGUCACCACUGCUUCCCCAGGGCUGCACUGGUGGGCAGCGGGGUCAGGAGCCAGAGCCGGGAGUGAAACCCAGGCACUCCAGGGGGAACGGGGGCAUCCUGGUCACUAGGCCAGAUGCGCCCACCCCAAACGGCGUCUUUGAACUGGGCUAUGUAACUGAC